GGCUCGGUGGCUGUGCCACAUCACAGUUGUCUAAUCCACUCGUCUUCGCCAUGCAGGUGUUCUCGCCCUUGAUCAUCUGCGUCAUGCUCCCUGGUGUCUUUUGCGCUCCCUGGGCGACCGCGAUAGAGCGUGCGCCCUUGCGCGGCGCGGCCGACGGAGGGACAUUGUGCGCAGCAACCACCAACGCCCCCUUUUCCGCUCUGCCGACUCAAGACAACUUGACCCUCAUCGCAGACUGGAAGGCCCCAUCGUCAGCGACCACACUCAACGUGUCAACUAUAAAUGAGCAGCGACCAUCCGCCGCAACCUGUGGGCUCGGUGGCUGUGCCACAUCACAGUUGUCUAAUCCACUCGUCUUCGCCAUGCAGGUUGGUAACCAUUGGACUCUAUUUACAAAAAAAAAAAAAAAAAAAAAAAAAAAAACUAGCAACUACUUUUUGGUACAGCUUCCGAGCCCCCAGUGUUGCCUUGCUACCUGUAUCGAGUGCUUUCAUGUUGUUCGGUCCCUAUUACUGAUGUGCGGUGAUAUUGAGAGCAACCCUGGCCCCGACAAGCUAGACGUAAUCCUUGGCGAACUAAAAAAGAUGUCUGCUGACCAGACUGAAUUGGUAAAUGAAGUGCAAGAGCUUAAGGGUCAACUGCUUUCAAUGGACCAGAAAAUGACGAGCCUGACUACGCGUCUCAGCGCCUUAGAAACUCACUGCGAAAGUCUGUCUACCCUCCGCAGUGAACUAGAGACGAUUAAAACCACUUCAGCUACAACGACUCGUUUAGUUAGUGUGCUAGAGGCGCGUCUAGAUGACGCAGAAAAUCGCUCUCGGCGAAACAACUUACUUUUCUAUGGUUUACCCGAUACUAACCCCACUGAAACGUAUUCGCAAACAGAAGACUUAAUCAUUCGCCACUGCUCUGACCACCUUGACACCCAGUUAAGCUCUAACGACAUUGAACGCGCCCAUCGCCUCGGACGACACUCUAAGGACAGGAAACGCCCGAUUAUCGUUAAGUUUACAUCCUUUAAAACUAAAGAAUCAAUUCUUUCUAAAGGUCCAAAAUUCAAAGGUACCGACUACAGCGUCGGUGAAGACUUUUCGCGCCGCGUUCAAAACUGCCGGAAACAACUUGUCGCGUUUGCGAGGGCGAAGUCUGUGCCCUUUUCCCUGAGAUUUAAAACUUUGCAUAUUGGCCAAAAACGUUACGUCUUUGAUGAAAUUGUAGCAUGUGUAAAAGAAAUAUCUUAACAAUCAACUCAUCCUUGCCGUUCAUCGCGCUAUCCCCCGCCUACUCCUCGCGCCAACGUUUCGCUAUCAGCAAUCUUUACCAACAUUCGCAGCUUCCCGCCGAAACGCGAUAUUGUAUCAAACCUUGUAACUUCGUCAGGCAGCAAUCUACUUGUAUUAACCGAAACGUGGUUGAACAACAAUAUCACUGACUCGGAAAUUCUGUUUGACCUGCCUAAUUUUCAUCUCUUUCGCGCCGAUCGCAAAGAUUCUCGCGGGGGUGGAGUUCUAAUUGCAGUCAGCGAACAAUUGUCUUGUUCUGCCAUUAAUGUCGCGUCAGACUUAGAAAUGUUGUGGGUUAUGUGUCGCGCUUCACCACUGACGCUAUUAAUUGGUGUGUGUUAUAGGCCGCCUCACAGAAGUCCCGACUU